CAAAAUUCCACCAUACCCUACUAUAAGUACUCCCAUCCAACCCAGAGUUGGUCGAGUGGGGGGAGAGAGAGAGAGAGAGAGCAGUAGGGCAGUGGGGCAGUGGGGCAGUAGGGGUACGUUAGUUCCUGGAUAAAGAUCCGAGAUCGAUGGAGGCUUCGACUUCCUCCUUCCUUACCGCCACCUCCUCCCGACUCUUCCGUCCUCUGACUACUCCCUUUCGAAUCUCCGCCGUUAGAACCGAAGAGAAGCCACCCAGCGCUCAAAAGAAAUCGGCCAAAGCUGCACCCAAUCCUAAGACCAGCACCGCGCGGUCGAGUCCGACGUCGCAAGGAGUGGUGGGUACGUCUGCGAGGCGGAUCACGGCACCUCCUCCCAGUCCUAAUACUACUACUAGUACUAAUACCACUAAUUAUACUACUACUCCUGCUCGUCCUGCUACUACUAGCACUAGUACUACUGCUCUCCAUCCUCCUCCCACUGCUGCUGCUACCGGUCGCCAGGCGGCGGCGUCCCUCCCGGCGACGUUCUGCAACACCCUGGACGAGCUCAUCAACAACUUCGUCGACCCGCCGGUGCUCCGCCCCUCGGUCGAUCCCCGCUACGUGCUCUCCGACAACUUCGCGCCCGUGGACGAGCUUCCGCCGACUCCGUGCCCCGUGGUCCGCGGCGCCAUCCCGCGCUGCCUGGCCGGCGGCGCCUACAUCCGCAACGGGCCCAACCCGCAGCACCUCCCCCGCGGGCCCCACCACCUCUUCGACGGCGACGGCAUGCUCCACUCCCUCCUCCUCCCCUCGUCCCAGCUGGGCGACGGCGACGGCGACGGCGCCGCCGCCCCCGCCCCGGCCACCCUCUGCUCCCGCUACGUGCGCACGUACAAGUACCUCCUCGAGCGCGACGCCGGCGGGCCCGUCCUGCCCAACGUCUUCUCCGGCUUCCACGGCGCCGCCGGCCUGGCCCGGGGCGCCGUGGCCGCGGCGCGGGUGCUGACGGGGCAGAUGAACCCGGCGGAGGGGUGGGGGCUGGCCAACACCAGCCUCGCCUUCUUCGGCGGCCGGCUCUACGCGCUCGGCGAGUCGGACCUGCCCUACGCGGUGCGGGUGGACCCGGCCACGGGCGACGUGGGCACGCUGGGCCGCUGCGACUUCGAGGGCGGGGUCUCCAUGGGGAUGACGGCCCACCCGAAGAGGGACCCGGCCACGGGGGAGCUCUUCGCCUUCCGCUACGGGCCCGUCCCUCCCUUCCUCACCUACUUCCGCUUCGACCCGGCGGGGAACAAGGCCGGCCCCGACGUGCCCGUCUACUCGCUCCGCCAGCCCUGCUUCCUGCACGACUUCGCCAUCACGGAGCGCCACGCCCUGUUCCCGGACAUCCAGAUCGUGAUGAAGCCCGCGGACAUGCUCGUCGGCGGCGGGGCGCCCGUGGGGUCCGACCGCGGCAAGGUUCCCCGGCUCGGCGUCCUCCCCCGCUACGCGUCCGACGAGUCGGGCAUGCGGUGGUUCGAGGUCCCGGGCUUCAACAUGAUGCACGCCCUCAACGCCUGGGAAGAGGCCCGCGGCGCCGAGCUGGUUCUCGUGGCGCCCAACGUGCUGUCGAUCGAGCACGCGCUGGAGCGCAUGGAGCUGGUCCACAGCUGCGUGGAGAUGGUGCGCAUCGACCUCCGCACCGGCGCCGUGAGCCGGACCCCGCUCUCCGCCGAGAACCUCGACUUCGGGGUGAUCCACCCGGGCUACGUGGGGCGCCGCAACCGCUACGCCUACCUCGGCGUGGGCGACCCCAUGCCCAAGAUCUCCGGAGUGGCGAAGCUCGACUUCUCCAGGGCAGGGAGGGGUGACUGCGUGGUGGCCCGCCGGGACUUCGGCCCCGGAUGCUUCGCGGGAGAGCCCUUCUUCGUACCCGACGACUCCCCAGCCCCGGGCGGCGGGCGGAGAGAGGAGGACGAGGGGUACGCGGUUUGCUACGUGCACGACGAGGGGAGUGGGGAGUCGAGGUUCGUCAUCAUGGACGCGCGCUCGCCGCAGCUGGACAUCGUCGCCGAGGUGUUGCUGCCGCGCCGAGUUCCCUACGGCUUCCACGGCAUCUUCGUCACGCAGGCUGAGCUCCGCUCGCAGCGGCCCCAGCUUUAGAAUUACAAUAUCUCCGGCUGCCUCGGACCCACCUGUGCCGUACGUCGAGCUGCUGCAGACGUACGUUGUUGGACCGGCAGCAGCUGCUCCGUUAACCGGUCAUCGUUUCGUUCGCACAUUGUUAUUUUAUUACAAUUAAUUACGAUUAAUACAGUAUAACGCAGAAAGGAAAAUACUAUACUUACUAUAUAUUUAUUAUGCAUUUAUAUA